UAAGAUUCCUUCAAUACAUAUUAUCAUCCUCAACCUCAUCCUCACCCUCAUAUGUCCUGUAAGGCUAUAAAUGCCCCCAUUUUGGAUAACCCUCAUAACCCUUCACCAACUGUACUUACUUUUCAUGUAGAUAUUGUCACUCUCUUGAAUUUUUCUUGUGAUCAUGUUCUCUAUCAUCUCAGAAUAGUUUUUAGCAAAAACCCAUCCCUAAUCUACGAGUUUCAUGUCCCUCCUUGGUCGAAUUCGACUUCUCCAAUCAUUUUCUGUUGUUUUUCUCUACUGGUUUUAUGUUUUCUCAUUAAUCUGUUCAUCUCUAACUUCAUAGUAAGUGUUUGCUUGAUAUAAACUGUCAAAAACAUUUUUUAUAUUUGACAGCAGAUUGAAAUAAUGUUGCCUGAGAAGGUACUAAUUACCGGCUCAGGUUCAGAAGGGGACGACCGGUGCGCAAAAAUGGAUGAAAGGAAGAGGAAGAGGAUGAUGUCGAAUCGAGAAUCGGCGAGGAGGUCACGGAUGAGGAAAGAGCAGCACAUGAAAGAGCUCAAUAACCAAGUUAGUUACUUGAAGAGAAGCAACAAUGUGAUAUUUGAGGAAAUGAAUAGCGUUAGGCAACUAUGGUCAGGUGUGGAGUCUGAGAACAUGGUUCUGAGAGCUCAAUUGGCUGAACUGAAGAAAAGGUUGGAGUCUCUGGAGAUUGUUCUGAGCUAUAUGCGCAGCACGAGCACGAGCACGAGCAUGAGCGGGUGUUCCAUGGCCAUCUCAUCCCAGUCUAUGCCCCUCAUGGCCUUUUCUGCUGGCAUGUCUCAGUUUUGAUUCUGAAUGAAACAAGUUAAUUAGACGCAUAAACACAUGCCCAUAUCCGAAUCCAAAAAACAGUAAUAAAUAAGAAACUUUAGGGAGUCCAUGUAAUAGUUUUGUGGUCAGAUGCAACAACAAUAUGGUGAAUAUGACAUUAUUAAAUAUAUUAAUAAUAUGCUUGGAGUCCAAACCUGUUUACAGA